CGUUAUGAAAUGUAGAUCCAGGGGCAAAUUUUCGCAGCAUGCGGGGAAAGGAGACGAAAGCUUCUUGCUUCGUCAUGAUGGGGCAAUUUGCCGGCUCUUUUAGAUCCCUCCAUAUAUAUACUGCUCGCCCGACGUAUUCGGAAUGAAUGGGCGUGAGAAUAUCCAGACAUAUUGAUCUUCCUCCCUGUUUCGUCGCUGUUGUCUCCAAUCGAUAGACAAUGUUGUUCUCUGCGGCCAUCUCAACGAGCCUUAUGGGCGGCACGGCCUUAGCAGCCUCGCUCACCCAAGUCUCAAACUAUAAUAACAACGCCACGUCUAAGGCACAAAUGUACGUGUACAAGCCGGACAACGUAGUUGAAAAUCCGCCGCUCGUGGUCGUCAUUCACUCGUGUCAGUCGACGGCACAGUCGUACUUCCAGAACAGCGCGAUCCCAUGGAAAUCGGGUUCCGAUGGGAAGGGCUACAUCACCGUAUGGCCAUCCUCGCCCAACAGUGGGACCUGCUGGGAUGUUUCGUCGAAGCAAUCCCUGACCCAUCUUGGGGGCGGCGACUCCCAGGCGAUUGCCAACAUGAUCCUAUAUGCGAUCUCCGAGUACCAGGUUGACCCCGAACGGGUUUAUGUGACGGGUGGCAGCAGUGGUGCCAUGAUGUCCAACGUGCUCGCAGCGACCUACCCGGAGCUCAUCAAAGCCGUAUCACUAUAUAGCGGCGUAGCAGCGGGAUGUUUCGUCAGUAGCUCUGGCGGCGUCGACCAGUGGAAUAACAGCUGUAGUGGCGGCCAGUCGGUAGCUACCCCCGAAAAGUGGGGGCAGGUCGUGCUUGAUAUGUAUCCGGGAUACGAGGGGCCUCGACCGAAGAUGCAGAUCUGGCAUGGCAGCGUCGACACCACGCUGGCACCGCAGAACUAUCAAGAGGAAAUCAAGCAGUGGACGGCCGUCUUCAAUGUGACCCAAGACCCAACCAGCACUGUCGAGAACAAUCCAAAACAAGGCUACACGACUAGCAAUUACGGCGACUCGGUUCAGGGCAUAUAUGCGCAGGGUGUGGGACACAGUGUACCGGCUAACCUGACGGCCAGUGAGGCGUGGUUCGGCCUCUGAUAUAUUGGCAUACUGAACUCAUCGUAGCCGAAUAUCUGCAGUGGGCGCUAUGACUGCCUCUAUUAGCAUAUAUAAAACCAAGUCGAAAGUUGC